AUGGAACUAAAGGUCAUGAUGCUAAUUGUUGCACUAGUCCCUCUUGGAGUUGUAGCUGCAAAUCGUGACCAUAAUCAAGCUCUUGAUGGGUGCCAAAGAGAGUGUGGAGGUGUUCAAAUUCCAUAUCCAUUUAGAAUUGGAAAAUCAAACACAACCGGCGGGAAUUGUUCCAUGGAAGAACCAUUCGUACUCACUUGCGAAGAACAAGAUUCCAUUUUGAAAUCCGGAGAUUUCCAAGUCACAUCCAUAAACAUCACCAAAGGCCAAGUUGAAAUGACGGCACCAGUUUCCAAAUCUUGCAGAGACACAAGCAGUGACGAAACAACGUACCUCCUCACUUUUCCUUCUUUCACGGUUUCUAGAAACGACAACAAGUUCGUUAGUGUCGGUUGCGACACUUUCGGCUACCUUAACAGCUCCUAUGACGAUGGUGGGAGAACAUAUUCAACUGGGUGUUUAUCAAGAUGCUAUGGCAAUAUGUUUGAUAUCGUUGAUGAAAGUUGUUCCGGAUUCGGGUGUUGUCAGAUGGAUAUUCCUCCUAACAUGGUGAAUAUCUCUAUCCAAGCAGCAAGCUUUGAUAAUUUCGAAGAAUCUUUGAGUUUCAACAAUUGCAGCUACUCUUUCGUUGUCAAAAAUGGAAACUAUACGUUUUAUAAGGAGGAUUUGAAGAAGCUGCGUUUUGAUGAUGUCGCUGUGAUCUAUGAUUGGAGUGUUGGAAAUGAAACAUGCGAGGCUUCUAAAAACAGAGGUACCAAUGCUUGCAAAAGAAAUAGCGAGUGUGUGAGAUCUAAUGGCGCUGAAAAUGGUUACCAAUGUCGAUGCAACUUUGGUUUUGAGGGAAACCCAUACCAUCCUGAUGGUUGUUCAGACAUUGAUGAAUGUAAGAUAGGAAGACAUGAUUGCAUAAGUGAUGAUAACUGCCAUAAUAUGAAUGGAACAUACCGAUGUUUUUGUCCCAAGGGACAACAUGGAAAUGGAACAAGGGAAGGAAGGUGCCAAGAGAAUAAUACACUUCCCAAGUUUGUCAUUGGUGGAGGUGCAGGAUUCAUUGCUCUUUUUGCGGUGAUUUUCUUUCUAUACUGGAUGUAUCAAAAAAGAAAACUCAGCAAACUAAAAGAGAAAUUUUUCAAACAAAAUGGUGGUUAUAUUCUGCUACAACAGAUCUCUACAAGAGGAGAAUCCUCUCAAACAGUUCAACUCUUUACAGAAGAUGAACUGAAGAAGGCCACAAAGAACUAUGAUGAUAAGCUAAUCAUCGGCAGAGGAGGAUAUGGCACAGUUUUCAAAGGAGUUCUAACGAAUAACAGAAUUGUCGCAAUAAAAAAAUCUAAAAUAGUUGAUGAAAGCCAAAUCGAACAAUUCAUUAACGAGGUGGUUGUUCUGUCUCGAAUCAAUCAUCGUAACGUAGUGAAACUUUUAGGUUGUUGUUUAGAGACAGAGGUUCCUUUACUAGUUUACGAAUUCAUUAACAAUGGUACACUUUUCAAUUUCAUCCACAAGGGUAGAAAUGCAAAUAAUUUGGUUUGGGAGACCCGUUUGAGAAUAGCAACAGAAGCAGCAGGAGCUUUAUCAUAUUUGCACUCAGCAGUCUCAAUUCCAAUUAUCCAUAGAGAUAUCAAAAGUUCCAAUAUUCUAUUAGAUAGCACUUACACUGCUAAAGUAUCUGAUUUUGGAGCUUCAAGAUUUGUUCCACAAGAUCAAAUUGCAUUAGCCACCAUGGUGCAAGGAACUAUUGGAUAUUUGGACCCUGAGUACAUGCAAACAAGCCAAUUGACUGAGAAAAGUGAUGUUUAUAGCUUCGGAGUGGUGCUUGCAGAGCUUCUAACAGGAGAAGAGCCUCUUUCUUUUGAUAGAUCGGAAGAGAAAAGAAGUCUUGCUAUCUACUUCCUUUCUUGCUUGAAAGCGAAUCGCGUGUUCGACGCGAUUCAGGAUGGAAUUCUGAAUGAGAAAAAUGAGCAAGAGAUCAAGGAGGUUGCUAUUCUUGCUGCAAAAUGUUUAAGCCUUAAAGGGGAAGAUAGACCAAGUAUGAAGGAAGUGGCAAUGGAAUUGGAAGGAAUUAGAGUAUUGCAAAAGCACCCUUGGAGCAAUAAUAAUGGAGACAACAAUCUAGCAGAAACUCAAUGCUUGGUUCUUGAUGAGUCUUCAUCAAGAAUACACAUGCAUAGUGAACGUUGUAGCCAUCAAAAUUAUAGGUAUGAUAGUAUCAAUGAUCAACUGUCAAGCUCCUUAGAUGGAAGAUGA